UCUGGAUUAUCCCUCUCCAUUUGAUCGUACAGCCUCUAGAAAAACCUCUCCAGCUCUCUUCUUCCCACCUCUCAAGCUCUCUGUCUCUCUCUCGGCCGAGCGAUUGAGUAUGAGUUUGAGGGUUUUCCACUCCGAUUUUGAGUUUGAGGGUUUUCCAUAACUUUCUCUCCCACGCCCAAAGAAAAAAAAUUGAAAGUGAAAUCACACCGACAGUUCCCAAUUUGCUUCCACCAAAAAUUUAUUUUCUGUCUCUGCUGGAAUAAGCAGUUUUGGGAAAGGUUCUAUUGAUCAUAACUAUCGAUAGCGAGCUCUUUCGAAUAUGGACGGAAAUGGCGACCCCUUCGCCUCAAUCAUCGAGCUCUGCCACGUUUCGGCCUCCCAAGAGGAUCGCUUACGUCGCUGCCCUUUUGCCCGCGAAUCCGACAACGAUGACGAGGAGGAGCGCGUGGAGUCUACCGGGAUCCUCAUGGUGUCUUUGCCGGAGAGUAGCAGCGCCCACGACGUGUUCCAAACCCCACCGGAUGGUUCCGUACUCCCGAGCUCAGAGGAGCAGUGGUUGAUGGCCUUAGAUCAUCAUCCUGAUCAACUGGAAGUAGAUGGGCCACGUGAUGCCGUGGAUUUGGGGAAGGACUCGGAUCUAGGGUUUUCGGAGGUGGAAUUGACGCAGAAAUCCAAACUUUCAAAACAGAAUAUGGCUUCGGAGGCUCUAGAAGCGUGUGUAGUAGGAGCUCUAACCGACACCAAUACAGAGAAUUUUGAUGUGAAAUUGGACUCCGAGAGUCACCAACAAAUCUUUGAACUUAAUGAAGAAACCGCUGUGGAAGCAAACCGUGAUGAUGUCGAAGUCUGUUCUUCUGCGAAGCGGAGGCUGGAUUUUUUUCUAUCGGAAUCCAGAGAGAGAGGCAAGGACAAUUUGGAAGGUGAGCGGCCGAUGGAGAAGGGACCAAAGAGAGUGGAGAUUGUUAGCAUAUUGAAUGUGUUGAAAAUUUUCAAGGAAAGGUGUGAUGAUAAGGAUGAGAGCUUGAAGAAUGUUAGUAUUCUGGAGAUUUGUAGGCAGCGGGGUGUGACUUUUCCUCCGCCUAGGUGGCGGCCGGAAGGCGGGUUUGAUGCAGUUGAUGAUGGCGGUGGUGGGGGUGAUGGAAAAGUGGAUGUGCUUUGAGGGCAUUUGAGUCUUUCUUGCAGGUUGUUCUAUUGAUGGGUAGGUUAGGUAGCUUCUAUUGAGGGCAGUGGAGCUUCUUUUGGCUUGUAAUUUGAAAAAAAAAAAAAAAAAAAAAAAAAAGAAGAAGAAGAAAGUGCAGCAACCCAUAUGAUUCUCAUGGAAUGCUCAAAUGUAUUUAUGAUUUUGUUGUCUGGUAGGGAUAGUAAUUUUAAAACGUGCGAUUUAAAAAUAUAAUUUUUAAAAUUUGAA